GUGACCGUGCAGCCGCUCACUGCUGCUCAUUAUUUAACGUCUUCGAAGUGAGCGGCAGCGGGGAGACGCGCAUGCGGCAGAUCAGCUGUGCGUGCUGCAGGACGCUGAGCGCGGGGAGAAUGCAUGUGCCGCCUCAUGCACCAACCUCAACUCCUCAAGUGAACUACCUAUAAGCUGGGUUUUUUUCUUCUUUUUUUCAUCUUGGCUACAUUUUCUCACCUUGCCAAUGACGCUCGGAUGUGGAUAAACCGCCGCGCAUGCGUCGCUCUUGGAAUCUUGCAGCCUAAGUUGCGUCCCUGAGGUGUUUGUGUGAAAGUGUUUGGCAGGAUGUGGACCGCUGUGGCGCGCGGGGGCUUGGGCUGGGGGGUCUGCUGCUGCUUGUCGCUGCUGGUGACAGUAGUGAUCGGGGCGCAGAGUGCAAACGAGCCCAGCAACAUGUCCUACGUGAAAGCCACCGUGGACAAGCUGCUGAAGGGCUAUGACAUCCGUCUGCGGCCUGAUUUUGGAGGCGCUCCUGUGGAUGUGGGCAUGAGCAUUGACAUCGCCAGCAUCGACAUGGUGUCUGAAGUCAACAUGGUAAGUUUGCUGCUGCCACAUCCUCUGCAGUGA